AGAUGCCAACAAUGGCUUUCUCAGUUUCACCAAUGAGACGUUGCAACAAUAACCACAUGACUAUUAUACCGAUCAGAGGUCUAUCUAUGAAGGUCAGAGGACGGAAAUGUCCCUAUGUGAUCCAAAACACGUGGGUUCAACUUUACGCCAGAGAGUGAAGCUCCACCCAUUGUUUCAGGAAGGGAUUAUAUAAAUCCAAGACAGAGGCUCGAAUUUGUCCAGCAACUGCAGCUGUAUUCUAUCAGCUCCUCCUUUCCUUCCCAAAACACAUUGACUGUGAAAAUGGCCACAGCUGGUAAGGUCAUCAAGUGUAAGGCAGCAGUGGCCUGGGAGGCAAAUAAGCCUUUGGCUAUCGAGGAGAUCGAGGUCGAGCCGCCGCAGGCCAACGAGGUCCGCGUCAAGAUUGUGGCAACGGGUCUCUGCCGCACUGACCUCUUCUACCUUAUUGAGACUGACAAAAAAGACCUCUAUCCAAUGGUCCUCGGCCAUGAGGGAGCAGGCAUUGUGGAGAGUGUCGGCCCUGGAGUCACCGAAUUUCAGCCAGGCGACAGAGUUGUUCCUCUAAUUGUCUCCCAAUGUAGGGAAUGUCGUUUCUGUAAGAGUCCCAAGACUAACCAGUGCGAAAAUGCAUGGGAUAUUGUUCCUCACAAUGUGAGCAGAGCACCUGUCUCCAAGUUAAGCUGCAAGGGAAAUAAGUUACUGCAAUUCAUGGGAAUCAGUACUUUCUCACAGUACAGUGUGAUUAACCAGAUUGCACUGGCCAAGAUCGACCCUGCUGCCCCUUUGGACAAAGUUUGUCUCCUUGGCUGUGGAGUCUGCACGGGAUUUGGAGCAGCAGUCAAUAAUGCUAAGGUGGAACCGGACUCCACGUGUGCUGUGUUUGGCUUGGGAGCAGUUGGCAUGGCUGCAAUCAUGGGCUGCAAAUAUGCUGGUGCCAAGAGAAUUAUCGCUGUGGAUAUUAACGCAGACAAGUUUGAUAAAGCCAAAGAGUUUGGAGCCACUGACUUUGUAAACCCAAAGGAUCACAACAAACCUAUAAGUCAAGUGAUAUCUGAAAUGACUGGUGGCGGAGUCGACUACUCUCUGGAAUGUGUUGGGGAUGUAAAACUCAUGCAUACUGCUUUAGAAUCCUGUGUGCCAAGCUGGGGAGUAAGUGUGAUCGUUGGCUGGACUGACAGAGAAGAAUUCUCUGCACGUCCAAAUGAUCUCAUUAGUGGACGUACGUGGAAGGGCUCCAUGUUUGGAGGCUUUAAGGGUAAGGACGGCGUGGCAGAAAUGGUUCAAGCCUACAUGAACAAGAAAGUGAAGCUGGAUGAAUUCAUUACUCACAAAAUGCCAUUGGAUCGCAUCAAUGAGGCCAUUGAACUGUUGAAGCAGGGCAAAAGCAUCAGGACAGUCCUGAGUGUUACUCCACAAUAAGCCUUGCAUCACUCCUAAAUAGUCUCUGUACAUUUAAAUUGCACUAUACUAGUCCUUCUGAAAAAAAAAGCAUAUUGUAAUGAAGUUCAUUACUUUCUGUAAUCUACUGAUAAACAUUAGACUUUCAUAUAUUUUAGAUUCAUUACACACAACUGAAGUAGUUCAAGCAUUUUAUUGUUUUAAUAUUGAUUUUGGCAAAAAAGUUAAAGAAAAAAAAAAAUUCCUAUCUCUAAAAAUUUCAUCCGACCAAUACAAAAAAAGUGUUUUUUAAUUAAAAAAAAAAAAGUCAACCUUCAAGUAAUUAUAUCAGCUAUGCACUCAAUACUUGGUCGGGAAUCCUUUUGCAGAAAUGACUGCUUCAAUGCGGCAUGGCAUGGAGGCAAUCAGUCUGCUUCAAUGCGGCAUGGCAUGGAGGCAAUCAGCCUGUGGCACUGCUGAGGUGUUAUGGAGGCCCAGGAUGCUUCGAUAGCGGCCUAAAGCUCAUCCACAGUGUUGGAUCUGGUGUCUCCCUACUUCCUUUUCACAAUAUCCCACAGAUUCUCUAUGGGGUUCAGGUCAGGAGAGUUGGCAGGCCAAUUGAGAACAGUAAUGCCAUGGUCCGUAAACCAUUUACCACUGGUUUUGGCACUGUGAACGGGUGGCAGGUCAUGCUGAAAAAUGAAAUCAUCUCCAUAAAGCUUUUCAGCAGAUGGAAGCAUGAAAUGCUCCAAAAUCUCCUGAUAGCUAGCUGCAUGACCCUGCCCUUGAUAAAACACAGUAGACAAUCACCAGCAGCUGACAUGGCACCCCAGACCAUCACUGACUGUGGGUACUUGACAUUAGACUUCAGGCAUUUGGGCAUUUCCUUCUACCCAGUCUUCCUCCAAACUCUGGGACCUUGAUUUGCUUUCAUCUUUAAAAAGUACUUUGGACCACUGAGCAACAGUCCAGUGCUGCUUCUCUGUAGCCCCGGUCAGGCGCUUCUGCCGCUGUUUCAGGUUCAAAAGUGGCUUGACAUGGGGAAUGCGGCAUCUGUAGCCCAUUUCCAGGUUUCUGCAGUUCCCCCUAGGUCUGGAAUCAGCCCUUCUCCACAAUCUUUCUCAGGGUGCAGUCACCUUUUCUGUUUGCGAAGCGUUUCCUGCCACACUUUUUCCUUCCCACUGAGGUGCCUUGAUACAGCACUCUGGGAACAGCCUAUUCGCUCAAAAAUUCAUUUCUGUGUCUUAGCCUUUUGUUUGAGGGUGUCAAUGAUGGUCUUCUGGACAGCAGUCAGGUCGGCAGUCUUGCCUAUGAUUGCUGUUUUGAGUAAUGAACCAUGCUGGGAGUUUUUAAAAGCCUCAGGAAUCUUUCGCAGGGGUUGAGUUAAUUCGUUGAUUCGGAUGAUUAGGUUAGUAGCUUCUUUAGAGUACCUUGUCAUGAUAUGCUAAUUUUUGGAGAUAGUCAUGAAAAACCAAAAAUCCCUUUUUUGCAAAAAUCAUCAAUAUUACAACAAUAAAAGGCUUAAACUACUUUAGUGGAGGGUAAUGAAUCUAAAAUAUAUCUAAGUCUAAUGUUUAACAGUACAGUACAGAAAAUAAUGAACUUUAUCACAAUAUGCUAAUUUUUUUAGAAGGAUUAGUACGUAAAGACAUAUAUUUUUGCUUAAUUAGCACACUCAUGCAGUAAUGAAUGCAAACACGUGUACUCCAAGGACUUUUUAAAAAAUGCAAUAAAAAGGACUGUUUUAGAAACCUUGGACCAAACAGAAGAUUUGCGAUUUCUCCGUUCAAAUGUGUCAGCAUGUGUACAUCAAUAACUGGGGCUUUGAGUUUGGCUACAUUACUGUCUGCAAUGAAAUACCUAUCUAUAGGUCACAAUGCAACAUGUGUUUACAUUCAGACAACGUACAUACAGUAUGCCCUCGUGAGGGUUUCAGUGCUGCUUCUUGUCCAGGCGCUCCUUUCUAGCCCUCUCUAUUCAAGAACGCAGGCAAAGGACGUAAACAAUGGUUAUGUUUGGCCACCUUGCCCUUCCACGUCCGGGUCGUGGAAGGUUCUCCAUCAAGGACAACGAUGCGGGAGUAUUUUCUGUAUUUGACGGUUUCACAAGGCUGCAGUUUUCAAGUGUGUUUUUAAUAAACACCUGAAACGCAACAGCUUUUCAUUGCCAUUAAUUAAACAAACAAUGGAGGUCCUGUAACUUUUUGCUUCACUCAAGAAGUAUUGGCAAGACCUAAAAAGUUAGACGUAAGAACAUGCCUGCAAUAAAAAAAUUGGUGGGGGGGCACCGACUUCAUGAUGAUACAUCAAAUCUACGGCCUAAAGCAAUGGAAAAUGCAAAGCCAUUUUGAUGUUUAUGAGAAUUUGCUGUGACAGACAUUUGAAUUAAAUUAUUGUACAUAAAAAGCAUAUCUUAAAGAUUACAAUGUUGAUCACUGUUUUGUGUUUUGAUUGUAAGAAAGUUGCUAUUAAAAAUCGUGUCAUGUCUGUAAUCUGUUUUCUUUCUACAAAAUUAAACAACAGCAUUAACAUCCACAAA